UAAGGGGGACAUCAAUUUCACAACUUGCUGUUAUUUUUUAAUAUUAUAUUUCUAAAAUGGCGUACGUUGCUUCUAGAAGAACGUAUUUUCUUAAGAAUUCUUUGGACUUUCUUCGUCCACUGCGAAAGAUGAUGAGCAGUGAGUACGGCAGUGGUGAAGGAAAGGGAGGUGGCGGAGGUGGUUCUGUCAGGACAGCUGGAGGUGCCUUUGGUAAAAUGGAAGCUGCUCGUGAAGAAGAAUACUUUCGUAAACUGCAACAAGAACAGUUAGAGGCAUUACGCAAACAGCACCAAGAGUCUGUUGAACAUCAUGAUGAAGAAAUUGCGAUGCACAAAGAAAGCAUUAGAAAACAUGAAGAAGCCAUUCAGAGAGCUGAAAAGAUGAAAAGUAGAAUCAUUCAAACCAUUGAAGAAGGCAAGAAACAAGAAUGAAAAAAAGAUUUUUCUAUAAGUAUUGAAACUAUUAUUGGAUAAUUUGACAGUUUUUGAUGUAUUUUGGUUUCUGCCUGUUCACCAUACCUGGUGUGUGAUGAUUAAAUUAAAAAUAUUACAACUAUUUUUCA